UUUACAGCAUCGAACUAGACUUUAAAACCGCAAAGCACUUUAUUAGAGCAACACCACGUGAUACUACAUUACAAAUCGCAUUAAAAUAAUGAAAAGAAUGGAAGAUUCAUAUAUAUUGCUUACGCUAUCCUCAAUUCAGACGACUCAGAAACACGAUGAUAUUGAGAACACCAUAUAUGUUCCAAAAGCUCAUCUCCAUUCAACGCAUGAAAAGGAGCAAAGAAAAAGUUUGAACGCAAACAAAAGUAACUUCACCGUUGAGAAACGUAUGAAAAAGAAAUCGUUGAAGGAGGAUUCUAACUCGAGGACCAGUACUAAGCAGCAUGAUAAUCUUAUCGACUGCAAAGAAACUAUUUCAAAAUCGGGUGACGCUACAAAUGUCGACAACAAAAAACGUAAAGCGAGCAAUAUAGCUAGUCGUGAAAUACGCGAACGCCUCAUCCACUUGUUAGCCUUGAAGCCUUUCAAAAAGCUUGAACUAUAUGCGCGUCUACAGAAAGAGGGCAUACGUAAAGCCGAAAAAUUGUUAAUUAGCAACAUUCUAACGAACAUUGCUCAGCUAAGCAACAAUGCUUACAAUCUGAAGCACUGUAUGUGGAAUCGAGUGAAUGAAAAUUGGCCGUAUUACACGGAACAGGAACAGCAACAGUUGACAUUACGCAAGAUCCAAAAUCUAACAAAUCCAAUCAGCUCGAACGAGGUCAGCUCAACUUCUGAUCAGAUCACUGCUUCAACAACAAGUGCCAGACCGCCGAUCCAGGAAGAAGCUGACUUCAAACCCGGUUUUAAGCGUUCUUGUUUGGACUACGAAGAGCCACAGAUUUCGAAAAAGCGUCGUAUUAGUCAUGGUUCAACUGAGAAUUGUCAGAAAACAUACAAAUCAUCAAGUACCAAUACAAAUAGUAAGAAUCACCUAAAAUCAGCCCUCCAAACAAGUUUUGCAAUAUCCGGUAACGAUACUUACAAUAACCAAAACCAAGAACCAUAUGUCCAGACAACCUCCAAUGAAUCAACAGCUGAGCAUCUUGUUAUUGAAGAAAUCGAUACAGCAACCCCAAGCUAUGACUUUAGUAAUUACUUGAAUAUCCAAAGCAUUGAACAGCGACGUCAAUAUAAAAAUGACUUUGAGCGAGAUUACGAAGAGUACUUUCCAUUACGACAGCGCGUCGAAGAAGUGCGUCAUAUUUUCCGCGUACUGCACGAGCAAUUGCAGAAUGUACCUGAAGGAUCUUUGGAAUGCGAGCGUGUCAAGCAUGAACUUAUUGCCGAAUAUCAGCGUCUCAAUAGUAAAGAAGAGAUUGAGCUUAAGCGACGUUUUGACUAUUUGGAGGCGAAGUUGAUCCAUAUCAGACAGCUUGUGGAUAAUUUUGACGAAAGGCUGCUGGAGGAAAAAGCGGUGCAAGCUGCAGUGGCUGCAGCAAAUGAUUAUAUACUGCAACAAAAACAACGAGCAGAUAUUGAAUAUUUUUAGAAACAAAUAUUUAUAUAAAUUGCCGGAGUCAAGUUGAGAAUUUAGUCGUAACGGUUGCAGCGAUAAAGACGAUUCGGAUCAAAGCUCCGAAAAAGAGCAAGAAUUUUAAAAAUGUUUUAUGCUAAAGCUCAGUAUUUAAAUUGAAAAUAUUGUAUUUAUAUCAUAUACAAGUAUUAUAUAAUAUGUACCUAUAUGAAAAAAAAGAACUCGAUUUGUUCCUAAUUGUAAAAUUCUAGGUUAAUAAGUUGCUGAUACAUUCACAUUUUUUUAUAUUUAUAUGCAUAUUUAUUUUUGUUUAAACUAUGUGUUUUUAAUAUGAUCACUAAUAUUGGCGAUUAUAUGAGCCUCUGUUGUCUAAUUACUCAUGUUAAUGAUUUUUUGAAUUCCUCCUUACAACAGAGCUAAACAUUAUUAUCUUAUAAUUUAGCAUAAAUUGAAUUAAUUUUGUUUGAACUAUGAAGUGUUUUGAUAAGGCUAACAAAUUUAGUAAAUAAUAAAAUAGAAGAAAGACAAAAAAUAAUCGCUAUAACCUUAGUCCCACGAUGGGAUCUUAUCAAAUUAUAAUAAUUGACAAAUGCAAAAACAGAAAAAUUGAAAGCUACUAAAAAUCAAAGUUUUUCAUGCACAUACGGUUUUUUAUUUGUAAAUAUUAUGGUAUACAAGUAUAUAUACUUAACUCAAAACUCAGAAUAAAAUAGAAAUUAGUCAUACCGGAAAUUCCAUUAUGGUCAGAUUAACUAUAGUAGUACCUACGUCUUUGCCAGAUGUUUGUCGUGCGUCUAAUUCUAUUGGGUUGAGAAAUUUGUGAAGAUCAUCGAUUUCAUCAAUCUUGACUCUUGGGAAUUUUUGAUCACAAAGUUAUAUCCAAUAUAAUAAGAAAUAACCUCAGAGGCUAGAAUCAGAACAUAUAAGUACUAAGCCUAACCGGCCGAUGAAUCAAAGAAAGCGGGGUGUUAACUGACAGAGGUUAGGAGGCCAGAAGAUGGUUAGUGUCAUGCCGAUGUCCAUUCUGGAUAGGUGGCAAAUCGAGCUUACGGACUGCAAUGACUGCUUUUUCGACUCUAAUGACUUCAUUCAUUUGAAGAGAGUCAAUCACAAUAAUCGACAUAUUGUCAGAAUGUUCUCUUGAAGUCCCGAGCCAGUUUUGACUCAAGCAAAUAGCUGUCAGCCUGAUUUCUGCGAAAACAUCCCAACAGGAACUGCUUGGGGAUGAUUGCAUUAUGUUCUUUAACCGAAAGCCUGUGGAGCUCACUAUGGUGGUGUUCGACGGGGACAUCAAGAGACAAAUGUUGAUAGUCCAGAGUGCGGUGUUCUAACUUAUCCGUAUCUUAUUCAGUUGCGUCCUGCUGCAUCUAGGCGACCAUAUUGGGGCUUCGUAAUUAAUGACCGGCCGGGCGAUUUCCUUGUAAAUGGCCAGCAAUAGUAAUGCUAAUCGAUCGCGGUUGUAUCAGAAGUAAAUUUUUUGAAAAUAUUAUAAUAAAAAAAAUUUUAACAACCGGUUUCUCGGAGCGAAUUUUGUCCGCUGAAAGAGAGCUGUAAGUUGCAUGCAUUUGUCUAUAUAUCACAUCAAGGUCUGCUACAACAACAACAUUCUCAAUAACUAUUUGUUUUAUAGAGAAAGAGAGAGCGAGAAAAAAAUAAGCUUUCACGAGCAGGUCAGUGAGCUCUUAAAGAACGUUUUGAGAACAUUUGGUGAGAUUGCUAAAAUUUGAACAUCUCAGAAAUUUGUGUAGAGAUAUCUAGCUUUGUAUACCGAUUUAGAUAGCGUAUCUGUAUUUUGAAGCCCAUCUGUUCAGUAGAAUUAUCUUCGAAACCUUUUGGUACAUUUUUUUGAAGAGUUCCUUUACUCGCUUUCGUUAGUAAAACAUCAGGCUUUUUCUAUGUGAGAUGUUAGAUAACCUCACUUUCGACACUUGUGCUACAAAUAUGAUUAUUGGAGAAUCUUCUCCUAACUUUGAAGAUAAUAUUUUCGCAUUUAAAAUUAUAAGAGCCAUAUUUUUAUUGUUGAUAGUAAUAAUUAAAUUAAAAAUAAAAUUUAAUAAAUUUUUUGCUGUAAAAGGCAAAAUAUUUUAAAUACUUAAAA